AUGCAGAACGAAGCUGGCCAAUCAAUUGAUAUUUACAUUCCUCGUAAAUGCUCCUGGACUAAUCGCAUUCUUGCGGCAAAGGACAAUGCAUCGGUGCAGAUUAAUGUCGCUCGUGUGAAUGCUGAUGGUGUUUUUACUGGCGAGUCAGACACUUUUGCUUUGGCUGGAUACAUUCGUCACCAUGGUGAGGGUGAUAUGGCUUUGACUGAGCUGGUUCGUCAAGCUGAUGCCAGGAACUAA